CUUCCUCUCCCAUCCACGUAAGUCAGACCGUCAGGAAGUUGCGAUGCUGUGACACACAACACAACACAACACAACAGGAUGGCAACAUGUCCGCCCCUCGGCCUUGUUGUAGCAGCAUGAGAGGCCACCAUGGGAAUACCCCACUCUUCCUGCUCCUGCUGUGGCUCCUCACGGGCACCUGGACAGGAAAAGUGUCAAGCCAAGAUGAGGGAACCGAAGAAGAAAGCAGAACAGUGGAAGAAGUGACAGUAGACCAAGAACAAGCCGUGGAGGACAAGGAAACCUCAGAGCCCACGUCAUCCCCCCCGGACGCCCCCCCAACAUCAGCGCCCUCGACCACCCGGGAGGGCAACUCGGACUCAGGGAGCACAGACAAGCCCGAGUGGUUGAACUCGACGUUGACCCCCCAGAGCGACGAGGGUCUGAGCAUCACAGUCAUCCUCAUCCCGGUGGCCCUGGUGGUCUUCAUCAUCGUCGUUAUCAUGUUCGCCCUCUUCCUCAAGCGCAGAUUCAAUAUUGAGGCUGCCGUUCACGAUUCCAGAAAGGAUGAUCCAUAUCUGGAUGGGUCCAGCACAGAAAAAGUACCAAUGCCCAUGUUUGAAGAAGACGUUCCUUCAGUGUUGGAGCUGGAGAUGGAAGAACUGGACCAGUGGAUGAUCAAAGACGGUUAACAGCGCGGAAAAACAACCACAUUUCCAAAAUCAUCGUUUUUCUGCGGGUCUACUCGUCCGAGUUCACGCCCCCCGGAUACGCGAUCAACGGUAAAUUGCAUCCCGAAACCCCUGCGAUGGCCAGCGGCACUGGAGCAAGGCCGGAUUCAUGCGCAGGCUCUACGCUAACAAGCUACAAACAAUCCAUCAAAACGCACAUGCACAAAAUUACAAAUGGAAAAAAAUCAAUCCGACAACAUACUUGACUCGAGCGUAUAUCCGAUUGAAGGGCUUGAUAAGGGCUUUCCACAUUUGUUUUGAUUUUGUCAGUAUGACUUCAUAGGACGACAAAAUGACCAGAAACACAUUUUCUUUCCUUUCAAAUGGCAAAAGUCAGCCCCUAUUAAACUCACACAGGUGAAACUGAAAUAUUUGCGACAAAACAAUGAGCCAGAUUGCGUAUUAAAGGUCUUCACUGAGGCGCUCCAGAUCUGUAUUUCAUUUGUCAAACUGUGUAUAACUGUGUAAGUCUGCAAACCCCUGUUUUUCUGUCUGGUUUUUGUGAUAUAAAAAAUUAGACCAGGAUAAACCACCAUGAAUAUGCCCUAAACCUCUACAACGCAAUUGAAAAAAACAAAAGAAAUAUUUCUGAGAGGGGAAGUAAAAAUACACAACUGAGAAAAUGUGGUUACACAAGUGUGCACAGCCUCUUUUAACUGAGGAGAUGUCUUUGUCUGUAUAGAAUGAAUUCCAACUCAUGUUAAAUGGGAGUUAGCACUCACCUCCCACCAUUUAAAAUGCCUCUGAUGAAACCCAAAUCAAGUUCAGAAGUUCUAGUAGGCUUUUCCUGACAUUGUUCAAGCCAUGGUUCACAGACAGCUUCCACAACAUCAGACCUUCAGACAUCUGCUAGAAAGCAAAAAAAUAAAAAAAUUAAAAAAAAAAGUCAGGGAAAGCCUACUAGAAAAGCUGAACUUUUUUUCAGGGUUAUUCAGAGGCAUUUUAAAUGGUGGCAAGUGUGUGCUGACUCCCAUUUAACAUGAGUUUGAAAAUGACGGAUUAUUUCGAAACACAGCCACGGCCCCUGUUGUGAGUGUGUGCACACAUUACCUCAGUUGUUUAUUUUGACUUCGCCUCUUGGAAAGAUUGAUUCAUUUUUCAAUGGAGUUGCAGGUCAUGUGACCAAUGGUGGAAAAAGCUUUGUUGGGAUUUAUCUUGGUCUCAUUUUUCAUGGCAGACAACUGGCAUUUGAAGAAGGGUGUGUAGAUUUUUUAGAUCCACUGUGUGUUCUUAUGAUGAAACAAUGGCAAAUACACUUAAAAUGUGCAAAAACUCUCAUUGGUGAAAUUUGCCCAUUUGCAACAAACCCUAACGAAACAAAACCCAUCUUAUAUUAAAGACCUUUAUGAGAACUCCCGAGCUCUGUACUCGUUUUGACAAAAUGUCUUCAAAUGAUGACAAAAUGACCCGUUUUUUUUUUUUAUAAAUAUGAAAGAUCACCCCUUUCUAAACUCACAUCGAAAACAUGAAAACAAACCAAAUCUUUUUUUUUUUUUUUUUCUUUUCAAAUUCCUUGUUGCAGUCGUUUGUGGCACUGAUCUCGGUUUGAAUGCGGUUUGUAUUUUGUUGUGUGUUCCAUUGUUGUCAAUGCAAACGAAGGCAUCACAGCCAAAGAUGUCGCUUUCACUUUGUGCUUUUUGUAAAUAUGAAAUGUCUUGUCUUGAUAUUUAAAAUAUGUAAUGUUCAACAAAAUAAAAUCUAUUCCACUUUUA